AUGAUCAAUGCAUUUGCGGUGAAAGAAGUGGCUACAAUCAGGCAGCAGCCUCAGCAAAUCCGUGUCUUUGUAGUCAGCCAAGCAAAUGGAGCAAGCAGAAGCUGUGGAGUCACAUUUAUGGGGUUUGAGUUUGGAGUAUAUGAAUUGUGGGUAGGUAGAGAUGGUGAUUUCAUCGAGGCCGUGUCGACGCCACAAGUCUUCGUCCGUGGUAGCGGUGGGGCUUACGUGGGUGGAAAAGCGGUGGUUGUUGAGAUUGGCGCCGCCGUGUAUACGGGUGCACAUGUAGGAGGCAUAGGUGAUGAUCACAAAUAUUACGAGGAUCCCGAGGGAGAGCCCGAUGCCGUACCCGAAGCCACCCACAGUUUGGCCUGUUGCAUUCUCAGGGCCUUCCAUUGCUUCCAAUGUAGUAUUCAUUUUCUUGAUUUACAGACGACAAGCGGUAGCUGCAGUAGUGUCACAUCAGAACGCCCUUAUUUGACUGCUACAAGGGCAUCAACACCAGCAGACGCAGUGGUGCUCACUGCUCGAAGUGGCGCAACAGUAUUUUUUGGUUGUGGUUGUUGGUGGCGGCUGCGACCCCGGUGGUGGAGUGGGACGAUUGAUGUAGCUGUUGCGGUGGUGGUGGAUCUUGGUGAUGGUGGUGUUUUGUGCAACGGCUAUUUAACUGUGGUGGCGAAUCUGCCACUCACUUCAGUAUUCCUUCAAAAAGAAAAGCUGCUAGUUAACAUCAGUCAUGUCGAGGCAAGCUCAUCUUCCUCCUCGCUGUCCCGAUCAAAAGAAAAGCGUAAAUCGCCCAGCUCUAUCUUAGAGGAGCAGCCAGCAUGGCUUAGUGAUUUGUUGAGUGGUUCGGACUCAGAUUCUAGUGGGAUUUUACACCGACGAUCUGCUAGUGAUUCCUUUACCGUUUCGGGUUGUCUUGUCCCUUUACCUGGUCUAGAACAACUAGAUGCAUUGAAGACUCCGGAUUCUUGUGGACCAGAUAAUGAAUUUGAAUCUGGUUGUGCAUAUGGUCCCAAUUCCCCUCGCAGAAAAGGAAAAGUAGCAUUUCCUGAGAAUGCAAUUGUUUCAGCAUUAUCUGAAUAUGUUUUACAAAGUCCUCUGCAGCUUCUGGAUGCCAAUAUGUGUGUUUCUAGAACUGCACAGCCAGAUUCAACAGGUGAUGCCUUUGGUCCAGGUAGUGGAACUAAUACAGAGCCGAAACUGAUGAAACGACAUCCUGGGCAGCGAUCUAGAGUCCGCAAACUUCAAUAUAUUGCUGAACUGGAAAGAACUGUUGACAUUCUUCAGAAUUUGGAGUCAGAUUUGGCUGUCAGAGUCACUUCUCUGUAUCAGCAACAGCUUGCUUUAUCAAUGGAGAACAGCACGCUAAAGCAGAAGAUGGUGAGACUGCAAAGGGAGAGAUUCAAUGCGGAAGGUGAGUACCAUUCCCUGAAGAAAGAGUACGAGAGAUUAAAAAUGUUCCUAGCUUAUUCCUCUACUAGCAAGGUCCAUGGCUGGUCGAACUCUGCUGCUGAUUUAUCCUGUUCUGGAGACAUUUGGCAAACAUUAGACAUGCGCAAACUCGAUCUGAACUGA